GCCGCCAGGCGCAAGGGGCACUCGUCAUGGCGGCCGAGCGGCGCUGGCGCGGGGCGAUGACAUCAUCAGGAGACGACGCCGCCGCCGCUGCCGCUGCCGCUGCCGCUGCCUUGUCGGGUCAGUGAGGAGCGAGGAGGAUGUCUCCGCCGCCGCUCUUCAGUUUGCCCGAGGCUCGGCUGCGCUUCAUGAAUUCUACUCGAGAGGCCCUCAAGGGCAAAAACAUUAAACCUUUACUGAGUGCAUUCGCUCAGAUACCUGGAAGUGAAAAUGAAAAAAAGUUUACCCUGGAUCAAGCUUUCAGAGUUGCUGUAGAAGAAGAAAUUAUAAAUAAAGCUCCAUGUGAAAAUGUCUUGGCUAUCAUCUCUCUUGUUAUUAAUGGGGUCACAGAAGGUAUCUGUACAGCAUCAACUCCUUUUGUACUCCUUGGAGAUGUUCUGGAUUGCCUUCCUUUGGAUCAAUGUGACAGAAUUUUUACAUUCGUGGAAAAAAAUGUAACUACAUGGAAAUCAAACACGUUUUACUCAGCAGGAAAGAAUUAUUUGCUGAGAAUGUGCAAUGACCUUUUAAGAAGAUUGUCUAAAUCGCAAAAUACAGUAUUUUGUGGAAGAAUCCAACUAUUCUUAGCUAGAUUAUUUCCACUAUCAGAAAAAUCAGCUAACUGGCCUCCCUCACAGAGAGCAAAUAACUUCAUUGCUGCAACAGCUCUACUGGUUACAGGACUUAACUUGCAAAGUCAAUUUAAUUUGGAAAAUAUCACUGUUUUUAAUACCAGCGAGCAAGAGAGCACCCUUGGACAAAAGCAUGUAGAGGAAAGAGAAGAAGGAAUGGAAGUAGAGGAAGGGGAAAUGGGAGAUGAUGAAGCCUCUACUAGUUGUUCCAUUCCAAUAGAUUACAAUCUGUACAGAAAAUUCUGGUCACUUCAAGACUAUUUUAGGAAUCCUGUACAAUGUUAUGAAAAGAUUUCAUGGAAAACAUUUCUUAAGUACUCAGAAGAGGUGCUAGCUGUCUUUAAAAGCUACAAGUUGGAUGACACCCAGGCUUCAAGAAAGAAAUUAGAAGAGCUAAAAACUGGAGGAGAGCAUGUUUAUUUUGCUAAAUUCCUCACAAGUGAAAAGCUAAUGGAUUUACAGCUGAGUGACAGCAACUUCCGCCGCCACAUCCUAUUGCAAUAUUUAAUAUUAUUUCAGUACCUCAAGGGGCAAGUGAAGUUUAAAAGUUCAAACUACAUUCUGACAGAUGAGCAAUCACUGUGGAUUGAAGAUACUACCAAAUUAGUUUACCAGCUACUUUCAGAAAACCCCCCAGAUGGAGAGAGAUUCUCAAAAAUGGUGGAGCACAUAUUAAACACAGAAGAAAACUGGAAUUCAUGGAAGAAUGAAGGUUGUCCAAGUUUUGUGAAAGAAAGACCAAGUGAUUCCAAGCCAAUAAAACCUUUUGUGCGUAAGAGACCUGCUCCUGAAGACUUCCUGGGGAAAGGACCCAACAAAAAAAUUCUCAUGGGGAAUGAAGAAUUGACUCGGCUCUGGAAUUUAUGCCCCGAUAACUUGGAAGCCUGUAAAUCUGAGAGCCGAGAAUAUAUGCCAACGCUGGAAGAAUUCUUUGAAGGGGCUAUUGAACAGGCAGAUCCUGAAAAUAUGGUUGAUAAAGAAUUUAAAGUUGUGAAUAAUUCUAACUAUGGCUGGAGAGCAUUAAGGCUGUUGGCACGCAGAAGUCCUCACUUCUUCCAGCCCACCAACCAGCAGUUUAAAAGUUUACCAGAAUAUCUUGAAAACAUGGUCAUCAAAUUAGCUAAAGAACUACCUCCUCCUUCUGAAGAAAUUAAAACAGGCGAAGAUGAAGAUGAGGAAGAUAAUGAUGCUUUGUUAAAGGAAAACAAUGAAAGCCCGGAUGUUCAACGGGACAAACUUGUAACAGGAGAACAGAUAGAGCUGUUUGCAAACAAGCUUGGAGAAUACUGGGAGGUUCUGGCUCCAAACUUGGAAAUGAAAGAGUCUGAUAUAAGGCAGAUUGAAUCAGAUAGCGAAGAUGUGAAGAUGAGAGCUAAGCAGCUGCUUGUUACUUGGCAAGAUCAAGAAGGGAUCCAUGCUACAAUGGAAAAUCUGAUUACUGCAGUGACCAAAGCAGGAUUAAAUGACCUUGCUGACAGCCUAACAAAUGACAAUGAAAACAAUAGCUAAUUUGGGACUAUUUUUUUUAUAACAGUUAUUGUUGCUAAGUGAUGGAGCCUAACAUUUGCUAGGCCAAUUUAAUUUGGUAAACAAUAAACAUCUUUUAAUAACAUUGUCUAGAAAUUCCAGAAGACUAGUACUCCUGACCCAACAGGAGUCAUUCUACUAUGACAAGAAGAGGUGUAUGUGUGCGUGUGUGUGUGGUGAUCUUUUCUAUAUAAGUCAGAACUUAGUGUAUGGGUAUUUAGAGGUCCAUUGCUUUUGAUACUGACUCUUCCACAAGGUACAUAUAUGUGAAGAUGAAUAACCAAUUAUCCCCUUUCCUAUAUUAAAAAAGUAGAUGUUCAGUCUGGUCAAGUAAGAAAAUUAAGGGUGUACUAUAUAAGAAGAUAUUGUAUCCAAAUUGCUAACAAACCUGUACUUACAGAAAAUCACUAAACAAAGUUUUUCUGCCAUUGUGGAAGUGUUCAAAUGCUGUUGUGACAAUAGCAUUCUAAUUGUCUGGGCCUGCAAUUUUGUCACCUUACCCCCACAAUUUUGGAUGGGAAUGAAAGUCAAAGCACAUGACUUCAUCCAUGAAAGAAAAUAGGGUUUGGUACUUACCAUGAAUGUUCAUUUUGGGGCAUCCCUAAGAUGCAAUCCACAUACUGUUGAGUUAUUCCCCACAUAACAGUAGAUGAGACAGGAGCCCUUAGCUCAAAGGUUAUUUUCUAUUACUGUUGAGUCCUCGUCCUUCUUGCCAGUUGCAGUGUAAAGCUUAUCCUAUCCGCCUAUUAAGAUUCAGUGCUCAAUUCCACCUAUCUUAUCCCUACCAUUUUCAUUUAUUAUUUAUAAGAUUAUGAUGGUGGUGGUGAUGAUGUAUCUACAUGGGAGUGGAUGGAUUGCUCCUCCAGACCAUCCAAAGAUGAACAUCCAUGGUAAGAACAAUGAAUGUUAACCCCUCAUUCUGUGGAUGGCAUGAGGAGCAACCCACAUACUAUUGGGAUGUACCCAAGUCCUUCAGAGCCAGAGUGGAUGUAGCCACUCCUUACAUUACUAACUGCAGGACAGUCUGCCCACAGGCUGCCUGAGUUGACUUCACUUUAUUGACGUUGUAAAGCUGUAUAAACAUGGAUGGCUUCUUUUACCCUGUGGCAUUACAGAUACCAUGUAAUAUUGCUGAGACUGCAUAAACUGUACUUCUUGCCAUGGGUCAUAUAGAAUCGGGCAUACAUUUUUUUUUUACCUUGGCAUCAUAGCUAGAUCAUAACAAUGACUCUGUGGAUCUAAAAUCCUAUUCUGUUACUGUAUCUUUUUACUGUCUAUCGCACAUCUAAAGUGUGCCAUUUUUCUAGUGGAUGUAAGAAAUUUGAGCAGAAAUUUGGAAAAUGAAUAAUUACCUUUAUUUAAACAGCAUUUGGCUGGGUCCAUUGUUAAGGUUAAUUUAUCCCAGCUGCAUAAAUCUAGAUGUAUUGAUAGUGCUGCAAACUCUGAUACCCUUCUUGCUCAUGUAAUGCCUACUAGAAAAACAAUCUUAAAAGUUAGCAAUCUUAAUUAUGCCUUUUUACUGGCUCAAAUGGAGGACUUGUUAACCUAUUUUAACAUUAGAUUCAAGUUUCAGUUGGGAAACCUAGGAAAUAUUCUUGAGGCUGUAAGGUCCCCUUCAAAAACAUGGGUUUUUUUUUGGGGGGGGGGUAGAUGGGAUCAAAAUACACAUCCUUUAUUAUUGUGCCCAGUUCUAAUAUGUGACUGGCUUGCACUAGAUCUGUACACCUGGCUCUGAAAGCUUUCCACAUAUUAUAUAUCCUCUGUGUAUGGCUUCCUUGAAGCUUUAUCAUUCAGUUUGAAUAACCUUGCUGCCUCAAGUACAAUAGACUUCAACUAUUUUGGGUUGUGGUGAAGAAAUGGACCCUGAUGAAGUAGCUCUGACCUGCUUGGCUUUUUUUUGAACAUCUGCACUAGCAAUGGAGGCCAAGGCAGUGUUGGCCAAUAUAGUGGUGUCAAGACUACCAUGGCCCUUUCUAUGCAAAUCUUUGUUAGCAUCUUUUGAACUACUGUCAUUGGUUGGAAGGCCUACAAUAUACCAAGUGCCUUAAUUACCUCUGAGGCAUUGUGUUAUUCCACCCGUCCGCUUCCAACUGGUGAAGAGAAUCUUUUUAGUUUGAAAUUUGUUCCAGGGGCAAUUUAAGUCUAAUUGGACUAAAGCAGCAUCUUAAGUAUUGGAACACCUGAUUUCCCCAAUGGGCUUUGUCUCUGUUUAAGUAGUUGUCUUUUCCAUUCAUUGAUCCUUUCAAAUAAAUUGCCAUGACGA